UCUGCCCCAUGCUGUCUGGGGGAGAAGGGGGUGAAAGUACUUACCAGCCAUGGCUGUGGCUCUCUGCUGCCACACUGUAAUAUAGGAAGGAUGACAAGGAAUAAUUUGGACCAAGUCGACAUAAAUGAUGUCCUGCUUCUCUGAGGGCUACUUGGCAGGUGCAUUUCGAAAAAGAGCAACAAACAGGUACAAAACAUACUCAUAGGUCUCCUCCAGAAAUGCAGAUAUUGUCCCAACAUCUUCUCAUGUUUGGUGAAAACAGCUUUGUAGUUUCCCCCAAGAAGGGUGAUGGAGUAGUUCACAAUCUCACCACAGCCACAAACCCUUUCCAUUUUGCAACUGGGACAAAAAAGGGGUUGUUCCUGCAAUGCCCAGAUCUUACCCAAGCAAUAAAUAUCAGUUUUAAAGCAAUGUCCCUACCUGUUUGGCCUCAUCUCUCCACUGCCCCAAAUCCUAAACAUAUAGCCUGGGAAGCUUUGAGUGUUAGUCUGGUUUGGCCUGUUACCAUCUCUGUCUAGUGUUGGGGCUCCUGAGCAUGUCAAAGGGAUAAGUCAUUUUUGGUAAUAGUCUACUGGGAUAGAGGCCAAGCCAGCCGAGAAUUGUGGGCACUAAAAAAGGGAAGGAGGGAGGCUGGAGAGAGUGUGUAAUCAUCCCAAAGCAUUCCAGUUCCCGAGAAAGCUGAUAAAUCAUAAGGAACAAGCGUGGCUAACAAUGAAUGCAUCUCAUUCUUCCUUUGGAAAAUAUCUUUCUGAUUUGUUUUUCUGUUUCAUUGUGGUGUGUCCACUUUACUGUGAGUUUGCUUUGAGCUGGGUUCAGUUCCUUCAGCUUCAAAUCUUGGGUGCUUUGUUGUGGUUGUGGUUGUUAGGUACGUUACUGCUGCAUGCCAUGCCUGUGAUAGCAGGCUAUUCUACAGCCUUGCUGAACAAGAGGCGGGCUCUGCUUCGGAAAUCCGGAAUCCGCACAUAGGAAAGCACAGACAAAGAGAAGUAAAACAGCAGGGAGGAAGGAAGCGGUGGGUGCCCAAGGACCACCCAGAGGAGUGCCGGGAUCUUUGCCAAGUUGGCAGAAACCUUGGCAUCCCCACUUGUACGCUGAAGACCAGAAGCGUCACCUUCUAAGUGCCCUAAAUCAGAAGAGCUGAAUGAAUGCUUAUUCAAAAGGUUUAUCCUUGCCAACUGAACUUUGCUGAUGAUGAAUGGAACAGCCAAUGUGAACGCAGCUGGACGUAGCCACUAUGGCUCUUCUAUUCCUGUUCCCAGAGCUGCAUCCCACAGCAAGAUACACACCCUGGUGGCAUCUCCAAAAUUACCUCCAAGGCAGAAUAGUGUGGGAGCUGUUCCUUCACAGAGGGCCCCGUCACCCCGAUCAGGCAAAGGAGUGCCUAAUUCAAGCAAUGGAGCUCCAAGCAAAGGAUCCAAGCAGAAGCUCAGUCUCAAGAAAGCAGAAGCAUCUGAGAGCCAUGGUGGGACGGAGGGGAUGGAGCUCAGCCUCAGCCAGGGCACUGUGUCUGGCUGCAGUAGUCCCCGAGGGCUGCCAAAGGCCAGUUCCAGAAGUGCCGCCUCAGCUAAGAAAGCUGUCGUACAAGCAACAGAGAGAGUAAAGGAUGCCACAAGACAAACAGAAGACAGUAGCAGCCUUAGUGUCAAGAAGGGUCCUGGGAAGCUUAGCACUGCUUCUGAACCUGCAAAAAGCUCACACCUCCCAGGGAAGAGCCCUUCCUAUCUCAGCCUGUAUAGUGAGACUAUGUUGUCCAGGUCUUCAGAGGGACCCACCACAAAGAGGCCACAGAGCUGUCCAGUAAAAGACCAAUGGGCCUCAGAAGCUAACUGGAAAGGAAGUGGGACAUCCAAAAUGGAAGAUAAAUCUCAGGUUAUCUCAUUGGACACAAGCAACCUCAACAAGGGGCCCGCGCUACACACUGGACCCAUCAGCUUUUCUUCUAUGCCACAACACAACCAUCCCAUCAUGGCCACUGUAGCCCCUUUCCAGUAUCGUCGGCAAGGCGAGAAAGACAGGAACACCCUCCCUAAGGAAGAACAUUCAUAUCAGGUGCAUCAGCCUAGCCCUACUGAAGGUUCUGAACCCAACCCAAGAAGUAUGGAGGCUGGCCUUUUAAAUGCUUUCCUCGAGGCGGGCGGGAAGAAGAUGCUCGGCGGCGGCGGAGGAGGCGCCCACCACCCCACCAGCCACACCAGCGGCAGCCUCGGCAGCAGCAGCAGCAGCGGCGGCAGCACUAGCGCUCCCCGCCCGCCCGCCCGGAGCCUGCCGCAAGACGGCGAGGAGGAGCCGGGCCUGAAGCCGGCCUCGGCCAAGGGGAGCGGCGAGCCCCUCAAAGCCAUGAUGCAGAAGCGGGCCUCGGGGAAGGGCCCGACCGGGCUGGGGGCGCCCAAGGCGGCCGAGCUCAAGGUCUUCCGCUCGGGGGGCGGCGGCGGCGGCGGCGUCGAGGGCCGCGGCCCGCUGGCCUCCAACCUCCGCAAGCAGAAGUCGCUCACCAACCUCUCCUUCCUGACCGACAGCGAGAAGAAGAUGCAGCUCUACGAGCCCAAGUGGAGCGACGACAUGGCCCGCGCCGCCAAGGGCUUCGGGGGCGGCGGAGGGGGCGCGCGGGGCUCUCGCGGCGGCGGCGGGGGCGGGAAGGAGCCCCCGGGCAUGAUGAUGAUGAUGUCCAAGAGCCUCUCGCGCUCGGAGCACUCGCUCUUCCCGGGCAAGCUGGGCCCGGCCGCUAAGCCCCCGCUGGCCCCGCUGGCGCCGCUGCCCUCCAACCUGGGCAAGCCCAGCCGCAUCCCGCGCGGGCCCUACGCCGAGGUCAAGCCCCUCAGCAAGGCCGCCCCCGAGGCCGGCGCCGACGAGCCCAAGUCCGACGACGAGAUCCUCUCCAGCAAGGGCAAGACGGGACCCCAGAAGCAGCAGCAGCCGCCGCCGCCGCCGGGGCAGCAGGCGGGGCAAGGGCCGCCCACGGGGUCCCAACCCGGCGGGAAAGGCUCCGAUGAGAAGGCCUUCCUCAAGGUGGACCCAGAGCUGGUGGUCACCGUCCUGGGCGACCUGGAGCAGCUGCUCUUCAGCCAGAUGUUGGAUCCUGAAUCCCAGAGAAAGAGAACAGUGCAGAAUGUCCUUGACCUUCGGCAGAACCUGGAAGAGACUAUGUCUAGCUUGCGGGGCUCCCAAGUAACUCAUAGCUCGCUGGAGAUGACGUGUUAUGACAGCGAUGAAGCCAAUCCCCGCAGUGUGUCCAGCCUCUCAAACCGUUCUUCUCCCCUCUCCUGGCGCUAUGGUCAGUCCAGCCCACGCCUGCAAGCUGGGGACGCUCCUUCGGUGGGUGGGGGCUGCCGCUCAGAAGGCACCCCCAGCUGGUACAUGCACGGGGAGCGAGCACAUUACUCCCACACCAUGCCCAUGCGCAGCCCCAGCAAGCUCAGCCACAUUUCUCGCUUGGAGCUUGUGGAGUCACUUGAUGCGGAUGACGUCGAUCUCAAGUCUGGAUACAUGAGUGAUAGUGACCUAAUGGGCAAGACAAUGACUGAGGAUGAUGAUAUCACCACAGGCUGGGAUGAGAGCAGUUCCAUCAGCAGUGGCCUCAGUGAUGCCUCAGACAAUCUCAGCUCAGAAGAAUUCAAUGCCAGCUCCUCUCUCAAUUCAUUGCCUUCUACUCCUACAGCUUCCCGCAGGAACUCUGCCAUAGCGCUACGCACAGACUCUGAGAAGCGAUCUCUGGCAGAGAGUGGGCUGAACUGGUAUGGUGAGCCAGAGGAGAAAGCUCAGAAGAAGAUGGACUAUGACAGUGGGAGCCUGAAAAUGGAGCACAGUUCCUCCAAAUGGCGACGGGAGUGCUCUGAAAGCUGCGAUGAGGUUCCUGCGAAAGGCGGGGAGCUGAAGAAGCCUGUCAAUUUGGGCCCACCAGGUUCCUUGAAAAAGGGCAAGAAUCCCCCUGUGGCAGUGACUUCCCCCAUUACCCAUACAGCUCAGACCCUCAAAGUGGCAGGUAAACCUGAAGCAAAAGCCACAGACAAGAACAAGCUGUCUGUGAAGAACGCUGGCCUGCAACGCUCUUCUUCUGAUGCUGGCCGAGAUCGGAUUUCCGAUGCCAAGAAGCCUCCUUCUGGGCUCACACGAACCACCACUUCUGGUUCCUUUGGGUACAACAAAAAGCCACCUCCUGCAACUGGCACUGCCACAGUGAUGCAAGCCGGUGGGUCAGCCACACUUGGCAAGAUCCAGAAGAAUUCCAGCAUCCCUGUCAAGCCAGUCAAUGGCAGAAAAACCAGCCUGGAUGUCUCCAAUGCUGGGGAACCCGGUUUUAUGGCCCCUGGGGCUCGAACCAACAUCCAGUAUCGGAGCCUGCCACGCCCAGCCAAAUCUAGCUCCAUGAGUGUGACUGGUGGCCGUAGUGGUCCACGGCCUGUCAGCAGCAACAUUGACCCCAGUCUUCUCAGCACCAAAGGGGGCAUCUCUGUCUCACGACUCAAGGAGCCCUCUAAAAUUGGCACAGGUCGGAGCACGCCAGUGCCAGUGAAUCAGACUGACAGGGAGAAAGAGAAAGCCAAAGCCAAAGCUGUGGCACUGGACUCUGACUGUGUCUCACUCAAGAGUAUUGGCUCCCCUGAAAACACCCCAAAGGGUCAAGUGGGCCACCAGACUCCUGCCAAAGUUGCCGAGCUGCCACCAACACCACUCAGGUCGGCUGCCAAAAGCUAUGUAAAAGCCCCUUCUUUGGCCAACUUGGACAAGGUGAACUCCAACAGCCUGGAUCUUCCUUCUUCGACUGAACUGCAUCAAAUGCAUGGAGGCAAACUGCAGGAGGCACACCUGACUGCAGUGAAUGUGGGCAGCCACAUUACAUCAUGCUUCACCCCAAGCCCUGCUCCAGUCCUUAAUAUUAAUUCUGCUAGCUUUUCCCAGGGCCUGGAGCUCAUGGGUGGCUUCAGCAUCCCCAAGGAAACCCGCAUGUAUCCCAAGCUUUCGGGCUUACACAGGAGCAUGGAAUCCUUACAGAUGCCUAUGAGCCUGCACAGUGCCUUCUCAGCAGGCAACACAACAGGCCCUACAACUUCUCCUACCCCACCUGUUGCUGCCGAAGAGGAGCCCAGUGAGAUGGCCUGGACAGGGAGCCCCAGGAUCACACAUCUGGAGAGCUCUAAUCGUGACCGGAAUACAUUGCCGAAGAAGGGACUAAGGUAUCAAGUCCAGUCCCAGGAGGAAGCCAAGGAGAGGCGGCAUUCCCAUACAAUUGGAGGGCUACAGGAGUCAGAUGACCAAUCAGAACUGCCUUCCCCCCCUGCUCUUUCCAUGUCAUUGGUUGGAAAGGCUCCACUUACUAAUAUUGUGAGUCCCACGGCAACCAACACGCCGAGGAUCACCCGCUCUAACAGCAUCCCCACUCAUGACUCCACCUUUGAGCUGUACAACGCCUCCCCUAUGGGCAGCACUCUCUCCCUGGCAGACCGGCCCAAGGGCAUGAUCCGAUCAGGCUCUUUCCGCGACCCUGUGGAUGAUGGUGAGAGUCCUGCACCCAGCCAGGAGGACAAGAGUCUCCUACUCAGUAAUAAUGUUCAUGGAUCCGUGCUGUCCCUGGCAUCCAGUGCUUCCUCAACAUACUCCUCAGCUGAGGAGAGGAUGCAGUCUGAGCAAAUCCGUAAACUGCGCCGUGAGCUGGAGUCAUCCCAAGAGAAGGUGGCCACACUGACUUCCCAGCUCUCAGCCAAUGCUAACUUAGUAGCUGCCUUUGAACAGAGCCUGGUGAACAUGACAUCCCGUCUCCGACAGCUUGCAGAUACUGCAGAGGAGAAGGACACUGAGCUGUUGGACUUGCGAGAAACUAUUGAUUUUUUAAAGAAAAAGAAUUCAGAAGCCCAGGCGGUUAUACAGGGAGCUCUAAAUGGGACAGACAUUACACCCAAAGAGCUGCGGAUCAAGAGGCAAAACUCUUCAGAUAGCAUAUCUAGCCUGAACAGCAUCACCAGCCAUUCCAGCAUCGGCAGUGGCAAGGAUGCAGAUGCCAAGAAGAAGAAAAAGAAAAGCUGGUUGAGGAGCUCUUUCAACAAGGCUUUCAGCAUCAAGAAGGGCCCCAAAUCUGCCUCUUCCUAUUCUGACAUAGAGGAAAUUGCCACCCCAGACUCUUCAGCACCAUCGUCUCCCAAGCUGCAACAUGGAUCCACAGAGACAGCCUCACCUUCCAUCAAAUCUUCCAAUUCUUCUUCUGUAGGGAUUGAUACCACUGAGCUCUUUCAGACCAAUGAAGAGGAAGAGCCUGAGAAAAAGGAGGUCUCAGAGCUGCGCUCAGAGCUGUGGGAAAAGGAAAUGAAACUGACUGACAUUCGUCUUGAAGCCCUAAACUCAGCCCACCAACUUGACCAACUGCGCGAAACUAUGCACAACAUGCAGCUGGAAGUGGAUUUAUUGAAAGCGGAGAAUGACCGGCUGAAGGUUACUCCUGGACCCUCUUCUGUGCCCAGUUCGAUUCCCAGUCAUAUCUUGAGCUCAACUACUGCCUCUUCCCCCAGGCGCUCUCUAGGACUCCAGCUUACUCACCCUUUCAGUCCUAGCUUGACUGAUACAGAGCUAUCACCAAUGGAUGGUAUCACUGCUGGCACCCAGAAGGAUGAUGUGACACUUCGAAUUGUAGUGCGCAUGCCACCUCAGCACAUCAUCAAAGGGGACUUGAAGCAGCAGGAGUUUUAUCUGGGCAGCAGCAAACUGAAUGGGAAACUGGACUGGAAAAUGCUGGAUGAUGCUGUGUGUCAGGUCUUCAAGGAUUAUAUCACCAAGAUGGACCCUGCUUUCACACUAGGGCUCAGCACCGAAUCUGUCUAUGGCUAUAGCAUCAGCCACAUCAAGCGGGUUUUGGACACAGAGCCACCAGAACUGCCACCUUGUCGACGGGGUGUGACCAGCAUUGUUGUGACAUUGAAGGGCUUGAAAGAGAAAUGUGUGGACAGCUUGGUGUUUGAGACUCUUAUCCCCAAGCCAAUGAUGCAGCACUACAUAAGCCUUCUGCUCAAGCAUCGACGCCUCAUCCUUUCUGGGCCAAGUGGGACUGGCAAAACCUACCUGACCAACCGUCUGGCUGAGUAUUUGGUGGAGCGCUCAGGCCGUGAAGUCACCGAUGGUAUUGUCAACACGUUCAACAUGCACCAGCAAUCAUGCAAGGACCUACAGCUUUACCUCUCUAACCUGGCCAACCAGAUUGAUCGAGAAACAGGGAUAGAUGUGCCAUUGGUCAUUCUCCUCGAUGACCUUAGUGAACCUGGCUCAAUCAGUGAACUUGUCAAUGGAGCACUCACCUGCAAGUACCAUAAAUGCCCCUAUAUCAUUGGGACAACCAACCAGCCUGUCAAGAUGACUCCAAAUCAUGGCCUUCAUCUCAGUUUCAGGAUGCUGACAUUCUCUAAUAAUGUGGAGCCAGCAAAUGGCUUUCUAGUGCGCUACCUACGUCGGAAGCUGCUUGAGUCUGACAGUGAUGUCAAUGCCAACCGAGAAGAGUUGUUGCGUGUACUAGACUGGGUGCCUAAGCUUUGGUAUCAUCUGCACACCUUCCUGGAGAAACACAGCACCUCUGAUUUCCUCAUUGGUCCUUGUUUCUUCCUUUCAUGUCCAAUUGGUAUAGAGGAUUUCCGAACUUGGUUUAUUGAUUUGUGGAACAAUUCCAUCAUUCCCUACCUUCAGGAGGGAGCAAAGGAUGGGAUCAAGGUGCAUGGGCAGAAAGCAGCCUGGGAAGACCCUGUAGAGUGGGUGCGAGAUACAUUGCCAUGGCCUUCGGCUCAGCAAGAUCAAUCAAAACUCUAUCACCUUCCUCCACCCAGUGUGGGGCCCCAUAACUCUGUCUCCCCUCAAGAGGAACGGAGCGGCAAGGAUUCUACACCUAACUCUCUAGAAUCAGAUCCCUUGAUGGCAAUGUUGCUGAAACUCCAGGAAGCUGCCAAUUACAUUGAAUCUCCUGACCGAGAAACCCUUGACCCCAAUGUGCAGUCUGCACUCUAAAGAUAACUGGAUCAGGAUGGAACGGUGACUGGAGUGAGCUGGUCUCAGCUGCCUUCGCUUCUAGUUCUUCAUUUUUUGUUAUCUGGAACCUGUGGUGGCGACGGAACACCACAGAGGGUGGGAAGCGCCCAUCACUUGCUCUGGGAACUGUGCAGAUAGAUGGACAACAAGACUAAAGGCAGUCUGCUGCCCCUCUGCAAGAUACUGCUCCCUCCCUCAAAGACAAUGGUGGUGGGACCCUCCGUCAUAAACUUCUGGGCUUUGUGGUAUGAGCAGAGAGGCAUUUAUAAAUUCCUCAAGGGUGCCUACUGUUGAGGAUCUGGUGUGGGGUAGAAACUCUGGAGACCACCUCACAGAACUAGCCGCUGUACUUCUGCAGGGCAAUGCUAGGUGGUAGCCAAGCUUGUGGUCACUUAAAACCAGGAUCUUUUUAUAUAAAAAAAAGAGAAAGGAAAACCCCAGAAAAGAACCCAGUAAGCAUUGGAGUGGAAGAGUCACUCCUGCAGCAAAACCAGCUGCUACCACAGCGGUUUCCUCUGGAUGCUGCCCCUCAGCUUCCCUGCCACAAGAACCAUAGGCAAAGGCCUAGGACUGUUAACUCUGUCUUUGUACCCUCCUUAUUUAAUCUGCAUGGUGGUCCUUUUACAUUCAGACUCCCAAUAAACUUGGCUUUCAUUUUUUUUCUCCCCCAUUCUUUUAUUUUAGUUAAGCUGGGCCAUUUUGUUUGCUCUUUGGUUGCCAACAAUUGUGUUUCAUUUUAUUUCUAACCACCUUGUCUUGGUUCCACAGGGAGGAGCCAUUUUAUUUAAAUGUGUUCUCCCCUCUCCACAUUCUUUUUCACUCUUCUUGUGUUUUUAUCACUCUGUAUAUUUCAUCACUGUGGUCCCUUCAUCUUGAAAUUGGUGCUGACUGGAUGACCUCCAGUAACCACACCCGCCUUGUGAGUCCUUGCAGCUUGCAUCAGAUGCACACAGGGUUGAAUCAGCAGCACAACCAUUUCAAAGAUGCACAAUUUGCUUAUAGGCUCCAGGUCCUUUUCUGUACUUUAUUAUUCCAUUUCUAAAAGCACAAGAGACCUGCAGACUGAGAAUGAGGGGAAGAGGAUAAUGUUUCAUUACAGUUCUCUCUUUUGGACAGCAAAACUGUCAAAUGUCUUAUUGACUAAAGAUGUCACCCAACUUUGCCCUGCAUAUUGAUAGGCUAAUGUGACUCACCUUUUUUCUGGAUUUUAUUUUUGUGUUCUGUUCACUUUAUGGGGAGAGGACAGCACUUCAUUAACAAGAAUGUUUCUUCUGUAUGUAAACAUUCCAUGAUGAAGUUUGGAUUUCAGUUACUUCAUUACUUCUUGAUGAGAGGGGCUGACAUUGUUUUACUCAAUGUGCCAGGAACUGGUUGCAUAGUUAUGUUUAUUGGCUAAGUUGUUUCUUUCCUUCCUGGCAGCUUUCCAGGAACUGACAGCAGAUGGCUCUCGGGCCAGCACCAGUCCAUGGGCCACCACUUAGUUGAUUUCCAAAGAUGGUAGUCACCGGAUGGGCCAACUUUCACUCCACCUGCUGUCUUCCCAGAUGUUUGGGCCACAGCUCCUAUUAUUCCUGAUUAUUGACCAGUGUAGCUAGGGUUGAUGAGAGUUGUGCUCCCAAACAUCUGAACGGCAUCAGUUUUAGGGAACCUAAACUUUCCAAAUCACCCCCCUCCCUACACACACACGUGCGCGUGCUCGUUCUCCUUCCUGGUGCUGCAGAGCCAACCUAUACUCUGGUUUAUGUGAAAUCUAUGUUCCUAUAUUGAUUGAUCUGUUCAAUUUGACAUAUAAAAUUGGUGUGCUUUGCCUUUUGAUUACAGACUAGCUUUAGUGCAAAUUACUUCAGUGCAAUUUCUUUAAAAAUUUGUGGGAAACCAUUUCUAGCAAUUUGUUAAUUGGGAAGAGAACUCAUAGAGCCUUCCAUAAACUCUUCAUCCUAAUCAGUCCUAAUUUGCAACUGGGUUUUAGAUUAAUGGUUUUGUUGAAGAGAAAGUUAUAGUAACAGUUAGUAGCUUAGUACCCUCACAUAUCAAAUUGAUCUGCCAGUGAGUUAUGAAGUCACUUUUUCCAUCUAUUUGUCCUGAUGAGUUUGAAAAUAUUCAUAGUGCAGCUCCCAGGUUUUUAAGCAUAUAUUCCAUAAAGGAUAUAUUUAUAUUCCAGAAGAAUAUACUUGGCAUAAUACAGAAGGUAGAAUUUAAACAAUAGUUUCUCUGUGGAAUGUUGUCUUCCCAUCCAUGGUCUUUGUUUAUACAUCUACUUUAAAUGCACCAAUCAUAAGAGAUUUUACUAUACAGUAUAUGAUAUAGAAGCCAAUAGUGUUUAUUUAAAAUUGAAUGAUUAUUACCUAGGUGUGUAGAUAAAAUGUGUUGUGCCAAAUAUCUCAAGGAUUUCUCUUCAAAUUGCUAUAGGUCAUGCUUAGCCCAUGCAUAGCCCUGAACAUUGUUAGGUCACACUACCCAUGCUUUUAGAAUUCUACAUGAAUCAUGAAUUCUACAAAGUGUGUUUUUAGAAAGUGAGUGAAAUUUCUCAGGACUAUAGAUUAUGUGCCAAGUUCCAGAUUUGCACAGUCUUCACUGGGAAUGUAUAUUAUUUCAGAAGUCCACUUCCCACUUUGCCAUAGUGAGCCUCCUGAAAUUUAAAAAAAAAAUUCAGUAACCCUAAUGAGAGGAAUAUAGAAGUGAUGAAAAUCUCCUCAAUUCUGUGGAAAAUAGUCAUGUGGCUGUUUUGUAUAGAAAGCAGCAUUUUCUGUGCAGGAAGCAAUAUUUUCUGUGCAGAAUACAAUACCUACUGUGGCAAUUCUGUGCAAUAUAAUUUGGGACAUUUCGUGCAAAAUUCACAUGCACUGAAAACAGCAUUUUCUGUGCAUGCAACAGCUUUUUUUCUUUGGGGAAAAUAAUAUUUCCAUGUAGAAAUAUUUGCUAUGCAGAAAAUGCUGUUUUAGCACAAAUCAAGCAGAUGUGAAUUUUGCGCAGAAUAGACCCCAAUUUGUGAUAGGCUUCAAAAAUAGCCAAAAAAAUGUAUAAUUACUCAUUGUUUCCUUUCAGAACCAAAUUAGUGAUUAAUUACAUCUCUAUCAUUUGAUAGAAUACUCUAUGCCCUUCGCAGUUUUUUUUACUACCCCUGUCAGCAUUCUGUGGCCAGGAAUCCUCAUGUUUUAAGAUGCUUGGGAAUCAGUUAUGGAUUGUUGGUUUGACAUUAUUAAAGGUGUUUUUGGGGGAGGAGUUGAAAGGUGGAAAAUACCUGAAUUUUCCUGAACCUGUUGCUCCCCUCUUGUGAAUGGGUGAUACAACUCUUUUUGGGAAAACAAAUGCUAAUUUUAAUAUGUAAUUAAUGUGCCCCAGCUAUUAAAAAUUGCAAGUGUUUCUGCCAUCCUCGAUGAUCAGGAGCAGAGGGCCCUUUAGGCCUGGAAAUGGCUGAGUCAUACCAUUAAGAGAACCUGCUUUCUUACAGUCUUCUGCCAACUGAAGCUGUGAAACAAAUCUAGCAGCUGUGAAACAAAUGCCAAAUAUGAGGGUUUAUAUGUAUAUUGGGGUGACCACAUGAAGAAAAAAGCAGCUUUCAGUAACUACAUAGAAGAAAGCCUUUUAGCAGGUAUGGCUUACAAUUGCUAGUUUCACUUGCUGAAACUCUUUCUUCCAUCCAAUUUAUCAAAACUAUCUGAUAGAAUCCUCCCCAUUUUUUCACAUUUCAUACUUCAGAUUUAAAUUGUGCAUAUGCCAAUAAAUUUGACCAGAUGGUAAUUAAUUACACGUGCUUUCUUUGAGUCAUGAACUGCAUGACAAAUCAACUUGUGAAAAGUUGGACUUUCAAGGAUACAAAACAGACAUGCUUAGAUCUGUUUCUUGUAGGCAGUCCUUGCACUCCCAUCCACCCCACCCCUUUAGCACCCUCCCCAGAUUUCUCAUAGUUAUUGGUAAACUUGCCUCAUAUUUUUUUAAAAAACCAAUUUAACUGUUAUCAACACAUUCCUUACUUGAUUGCACUGCACACCACCACUUCCCCACUUGGUCCUCUCCAUAUGUGUUGCUCUGCAAUUACUACCAUCACCAGUCAGAAAACACAUGGCCUCAGUAUGAUGUGAAUUGAUCAUACCCAGAAGACACCAGAGUAGAGAGGUUGCCCUACACAAUGACUUGCUCAAACAAACUUGUAUAUCCUCUGAGCCAUUUUGAGACUUAUGUGACUUUCAGGCAAAUUGGCUGCUUACCUUUACUUUUGUCUAUUCUGAAUAAAUCUGUAACUGCCACUCAUACUCUAGCCAACAUGGUAGCUAAGAUGGUCUCCCUAGUAGGUGGUAGUCUACCCAGAGGGCAAGAAAGUGUCACAAAAGUUUAUUGUCUGUUUGCACUUUCUUCAUCAACCUCCUGUACAAAUAGAGCACACUCUAUUGUCUGGAGGAUUGGUAUUCAAGAUAAAUGGCUCACACUUGGAGGAAUGGCUCUUGUGCUUCAAUGGGAAGUUGUGCUGCUGUCAAACUGUGAAAUCUGAGCAAAAAUGCAAUUUGAAUGACUGGACUAUGGCAAUACCCAUGGUCCUGAAACUCAGCCUUAAUGUCAUCAUUGGAAGAAGGGGCACUGAGUGGGAGAUUUGGCAAAUCUUCAUGGGUUUCAUUUACUACAGGAAGGAGCUGUGGUGAUUUUAUCAACCCAGUCCAGGAUAAAUGCUGAUUCUCCCAUCUUUAGUUCAAGGAGCACGAAGAAGACAGCAUAACAUUUAAUGCCUUCCGUGUUAGGCUUGUGUCUGGUUCCAUUGCUGGCAGUGUUGUUUGAAACUCUUUAAGGGACCAAUAAAAAAAAAAAACAGACUGGCAGGUGCCUUUCACCACAAGGUACCAAAUUCAACCUUGCUUCCCUGCCUACAUGCCCAAUUGAAUCUAAUAAGUGCCCCCCGCCUCAUUCCUUUGCUAGAGAGACUUUGGAGACAACUAAGCCAGGCAUUGCUCCCAUCUCAAGAUUUGAAUGGGCCCCUUAUAAGAAGUUUACCUCUUUUGUUAAAAAAUCUGUCCCUAGGCUGGAAUAAAGAGUGCUACCCAAUUUAUCAUUUACCAGCAGAUCUUCCUAUUCCUUUCAUGCUGCUAAUCCAGCAAGCAGACCUUGGAAAAUUAGAGCUGUGGUUUACUCCUUAGAAAAAUAUGGAGACUCUGCAUCUGGUUUGGAAUCGAAAUUACUUCUAGUGGUUUACACAGCUAGGAAAGGGUUAGUGUCUCUUCUGACUCAGGGCAGGGCCAACCAAAGUUAUAUUUCUGAUCAGAACAUUUCUUGAUUUUGCCUUCAAAGGACAAGGAGCCAUUUGUCCAGGCUGCUAGGUUUUAGACCAGGAACCCUUCUUUUCCUAUUCCCUCUUCCUCUUCCUCCUGUCUAGGGCAAAAAAAAUGGGUGUGUGUCUCCUCUUUUGCCCCUUUCCAAGCACUCUUGGGCCUCCUCCAUGAUUGGCUGGGGUUUUAACAAGACUAACUUGUGAAGCUGCAAUGGCAGAGGGCAUCUACUUUGGCUAUAGACAUGAUGGCAGCUGACUUCUGUUGGAACUCUUGUUGGAACCCUGUUCUCUACAUGAUGUUUGUGCAUUGGUCCAGUUUAUUGAACAGGCAACAGUAAGACCCAAACAUUUGCAGUGAGCCAAGAAAUACAUGUAAUCGAUUUUCUAAAUUUGAUAGUGGGACAGGUUUCUGUCCAUGUUUUUGUUUUAUUUGCUAUGGGUAUUGGCCAUCCCUGCUAUUUAUACCUUAUAAGGUUAUCCCCCUACACACCCACCCAUUCCCUAUAUUAGAUUUCUCUUACUGCACAAGGUUAUUACAGACAGUUUAGCUAUGAAUUUGAAUUUCCCCAAAGGACAUCAAGCACAUGGCAAAUAGAAACACUUGCACCUUUGACCUCCCAUUUCACAGAAAAGUCCCAUUUUGAAGCUUGCAGAACAUUUUCAUAUUACAAAGACAUAGCUACAUUAGUCUGGCAUAUCAGUUUGCAAAGAGAUCUUAUAGCACCUUUAGAGACUAACUUAGAGAAUGAAGUUGGUAGCAUAAGCUUUCAUAGGCUUAAAUCUACUUCCUCAGAUUUUCAGAUUGGUUACUCCUGAGCAGAGGAUUUUCAAUGUUUCCAAGUUUAGUUAGGUCUGCCCCCAUUUUUGCACUGGAUGGUUGGAUGAAAAAUAUUCUAACAUGCCAAUGUAGCUUUGGGUCCCGUUGAAGUCCCCAGUGAACAUUCCAAAAAAGCCUUCCAACCUAGAUGAAGGUUGUAACAUCUUUAUGAUUGGGGGUUAAUUGUAGAAAAUAUCAAGCAAACUUGUAGAUGAUUAUAGAUGACAUUGCAUCCUCAGUCUAAACAUUCUAAUCUACCACAAGACAGUUGCCUGGCGCAACAGAGACCAGAAGGUACUGAACAUUCCUAUUUCUAAAUUGUAUGUAAGGAUUGUAAAAUCAAAGUCCUUUUUUGUAAGAAACAUAAAACCUCCUCCUUUCUCCUGGCUUCCCCUUGGUGUACCAGUAGCUUGUGUUCAGAGCAGACUAAGUACCUCAUUGCGUAGAAGUAAAAUGAGGCAUCAUUCUUGCUUGGACCAUGAGCUGCUGGUGCUUUGGUGGGCAGGCACAGGGUAAUCUGCCAUUCACAAUGUGUUUGUAACAACACUGGCAAUCGCUGUGCUGGAAGUUCCAGCCAGUUGAGCUGUGCAGAUCUAAGGUGCUUUGUUUCUCUUUGUAUAUCUAUACAUAUGUACAUAUAUAUCCUGUUUUACGUAAUUGAAACUUUGGAGCUGUUAAUUAUUCAUUGGAACCCAGCAGUUGAUAUAUGGAACUUGGACUGUGUGUGAAGAUGCCCUCUGGUUGGUUUAAGGCAAGUAAUUCUGUUGAAAAUUUAAGCUGGCCCAGGCUGGACACCUAAUAGUCCCAGAUAAAAACUCAGUUAUACUCAGACACAUAGGUGCUACAAAUACAAACAUUCCUCAGAUGGUUUUAAAGAGCUGGGCAGAGUGAUCCUGUUGUGCAUGUGUUUAGGGGAAAUGCUAUGGCAAAGUGACCAUUACAUCCAAAAAUUCACCAACUUUUUGGGUGGAAAAGGUAUUUUUGAUCACAGGUUCCAUCAUUGACACUUACUGUGGCUAUUUGGAGCAUUAUCUGAGGAUUAUUGUCAUUGCCAUCUGGACCAGAUUAGCUGGGAAAAGUGGACAGUUUGUUGGAAACCUCUUGCUGAAGUUCGCAUUGAAAAUCUCCUCUUUUCUUAGAGGUUGUGCUCUGCAGACAAUGGCAGAAAAAACUCAGUCUUUUUCUUUCUCCAGAGUCCUUCUACAAGUUUUACCUUUUCAGCCCUGAAUUAUGUAUUUGCAUAGAAUGGGGAGGAGGAGUUCAGUCGAAACCUUUCUCUUUUCAUUAUUAAUGACUAGAAUCAUACCAUAUUAAAACAUCUGAACUUGAAUGAAAUGUUAGUAUCAAUGAGGAUCCAAAAAAGGUAAAUUAACUUAUAGCAGAGAUGUUCCUUCUGUUCUCCCAUGUUCAUCCCAAUCUUUCAGAGUCAUGUUUUAAGUUUACAAGUCAUUUGUUUCAAAAAAUAUAAAUGAAUCUAUUACCAUAAGUCCUGAGGGACUAACUAUCUUGGUCCCAUUUAGAGAUGUGAUUGAAGAUGGGUCAAUGAAUUCAAGUAAGUCUGCCCAGCACUGCAGUUUUAAGGGGACAACAGAGAUUGCCUUAAGCCAGCCAAGGGUAUGACUUUGCCAUGUGCACAGCCUUAUUGGUUUCCCUGUCAUCUUGUCCAGUUAAGCCCUAUCUCCUUAUUUGGUGCUUUCUCCCUCUCCUCAUGUCUUCCUCUCCUUAUGCUGUUUGUUGUUCUGUCUUGGUUUUCUUCAAAUUGCAAUGUUCUUCUUUCUGAGCACCCUGUCUUAACCUUGAGCACCCUACUAUAAUUGGGGCUAUUUUGCACAGUGAUGUACAAGAUGCCAAACCUUGUGCUGGGUUUGACAUAAGGUUCCUCAUUUGCCUUUUCUUUUUUCUGUUUUGCUCUUGUAGGACAAGGCGUUGUAAAUAACCAGUAGCUGAAUGGCUUGGAUGAGUCUUGGGGACUAGCCAUGGGGGGCUGGGCCCAGUGUCUGUGAUUCAUCAUGCUGGGUUUGAUUUUGGGGGGGUUUUGUACUAAGUGUGAGUAACUGUGCUGUGCUGACUCAUUUAUGAUUGUAUGAUGAUAAUGUACACCUCCCAGCAAUUGCUAUGGGCCAGUGGGAGAAGGUGGGAGCAAAACACCUUCUAACAAAGGGACUUUGGCCUACCCUGGGAUCUCAUACUGCUUGUGCUGCAUUUGCUCAACACUUUUCACUAAGUUGAGAGUGAAGAUGCUGGCAGGAAUAGCUCAAGUAAGGCUGGUGCAAGAUUUUUUUUAAGGUUAGCAUCUUCUACCUAGCUGCUCUCUCUGGACUAUUACUGUUAUUAUUUAUUUAUUUAUUUAUUUAUAGCCCACUUUUCUCCCAUGGGUGGGACUCAAAGCGGUGAACAAUAAUUAAAACGAUAGCAAUUACAUGACACAAAAUAAAACUGAUAAACAGAAAACACAGUUACAUAAACCGUAGACAACAAAGUUAAUAAAUACAACAUAUUCCACUAAAAUUCCCUGGGCCUCAGGCCUCUGAAGUCAUCCAUAAGAAAUUAUAUUAAAAAUCCUAAAGCUCUGUAUGUUUAAGUCAUGUAGUUGUCAUAAUGGGGUUUCUGUGGUAGAAAAACAUUUCCUACAACACUUAAGUCCUAGAUCAAUGGAGUGAAAAUUUGUGAAUCACUUUGUACAUCAACCUACAAUUUUGAGGGGUAUGGAUUUCUUUUUGGAAUUGGGAUAGAUCACAGUGAAUUAAGCGAUAGACACGGUGUUCUCAUUCAGGUCCUACAAAGACUGGUCCCUUUUAUUUGACAUGGUAAAACUGGUAUUACUGGUAAAUUCAUUGAGAGAUAUGUGUAGGUAGAAGACAGGAUUUUCUCGUGCUUUGGAGAUCCAUUUGUCGACAUAAUUUAAUUGUAUGAGAAAACAAAACUGCCCUUGGUUUGAUACAGUACAGGAAAACAGCCUCUUAAAUUCAAGUCUCCUCUGUUUCUCAUGCUGGCUUCUGGAUAGUUAGGUUUCCUGAGGACAUGUCAGAUGGUGAGCAGAGUUAACUGAGGAGAGAUAAAUUACAAGAUAAAAGUAGCAUCUUGAAUUGGACCUAGAAGCAAAUUGGCAAUGAGUUUGCCUGGCACAAUAUGAGUCUUACCUCUCAGAAGAUCAGCAACUUUCAGCACUAGGUUUAGGAUGCAUCACUAGGCAAGAUAUGGAUUUUUUGAUAUCGGGAGUGACUUGAGAAACUGCAAAUCACUUCUGGUGUGAGAGAAUUGGCCGUCUGCAAGGAUGUUGCCCAGGGGAUGCCCACAUGUUUGAUGUUUUACCAUCCUUUAUGGGAGGCUUCUCUCAUGGAUGACCUGUCCAGAAGAGAAAAGUGUUCCCUUUAAGAGGGGGGAUGAGCAACAUGCACCCUACACAACACAUGCACACACAGCCAUGUGUUUUUGUCCUAAACCAGGGUCCCAGUCACGAGUGGAUUUGCCACCUGACUGAAGUGAAAAGGACACUGCUUUUCCUUUUUAUGUUUAGAUUACAAGUAGAAUGGUGCUCCUGAAAAUGCAAUUCUUUCAGUAAACUAAUUGUAACCUUGCCAUAUUCCUUGGGAAUUUCCCUAGGAAUUUUUUUUACCUCUCCCCCCACCCAUAAAUUGAACAAUGAUGGGGCUCUCUUGAACCUCAGUCCUUUCCCAGACAUUCAAGAAGACAAUAUUUCUGAUGUGCUUCUUAUGAAGCCACUACAUAUUCAAGAAUAGCCCUCAUGUUUAUGUGAUCAGAUAGGGGCAAAGAAAUGACAGCCACCCCUGGCAACGUAAUCUCCCUCUGAAUAAGCAUUUGGUACCUUCUCUAUUAACUUUAUUCAUCACUGUCUUGAUCACAGAUGUCAAUUAUGCUUCAAUAUGCCCAUAAAGAAGAUCCACAAUAAGAUCACUGCCUACAAGUGCACUAUGUCCUUCCCUACCUCCUUUUCUUUUUCUCAUUGGAGAAUUUUGACAAUGUUGUCAUCAGAAUUGCCUCUGACUAAAAAUAGGUUACUCUAUAACCAUCCUGAGUUCCUUUGGGGAGAGAGGGCAGUUAAUAAAGUAUUAUUAUUAUUAUUACUAUUAUUGUUAUUAUUACUUUAGGGGAUAGUGGGAAAAUGCAACAUGGCAACUCUUGUUGACCAGGAUAAGUUAAGUGGGCAUCCCAAAUUCAGGUAACUCUCUGGAAUGUGAGGUAUAGUCAGGAAAGUGAAAGUGAUGGUAAUGGAGGAAUAACUGGCUCAUGAAGGUGUUGCUAUGCUUUGGAAACUGGAACGGAAGCAAACAAAGCCAAGGUAAAUUGUUAAGUUCAAGCAGAGUUUCUUCCUAAAUGCUCUCCCUUGAAAGCUGAGAGAAUGAAGGACCUUUAUCCUUGACCAAAAUUUUGGGUAGCAUUUGCCAAAACCUGGGCUUAAUUCUAAUAAGCUGAAUUUCUCCACUAAACACACAUUUUUCAUUGGCACACAGAAAUUAACCUUGUCAAAAAUAUACUGAUGGUUCAUCCAUCUACUAGGGCUGUUCACCCUGACAGAUAGCAUAUUUCCCAUGUCUUCCAGGGAGAUUGAACUUCAGCUGUGUUUUCUGAGAUUAGGCACUUUCCACAAGAAAAGCAAAUGUUCUUCUUGAAUUAUGGCAGUAUAAUUCAAGUCACUCUAAACCAGUGGUUCUAAACCUGAGUUCCCCAUAUGUUUCUGGCUUUCAACUCACAGAAAUCCUAACAGCUGGUAAACUGGCUGGGAUUUCUGGGAGUUGUAGGCCAAAAACAUCUGGGGACCUCAGGUUGAGAACCACUGUUCUAAAACCUUGUGGCUGUAAACACAACGAACUCAGCUUGAUUCCCUCCUCACCCCCUUCAUGCAAAUUGGCAUCCAGAUAGGUAAAGAAGUGCACUAGAACUAGAGCUCAAACAAGUUACUUUCUUUGGCUAUAAUUCCCAGAAUCCCCCGGCCACUGUGGCCAGCUGCUGUGCAACUUUCCCACCUUCUGACAAGAUCCUCCUUUAGUCUAGUCAGCAGAGACUCACCAGCAUAGAUAGUUAACUAGAUAAAGAGAAAUAGGAUAAAUACCAAAAAAUCUAGGUUGGAACUCAAUGCAGUUUGUGUUAUUUUGCAGCAAAUGCAGCACUGGAAGUAGGGUGGGGGCAAUGGCCUGCCUUUGUUGAUAUCCCAUCUUCAACUCUAAACUGCAAAUUAACUAGUUUUUAAAAUGGGGAAUUUGGGAACUUCAUCCAUCUGAUCAUGAAACUCCAAAGGGCAAAGUUGGAUGGUCCCUCGUGGCUCCUGCCAAGGAGCAUUGGUGCUAAGUAGCAGGGGGUUUCAGUCCCAUGGAAAGCUAGAAGGAGGCAGCUGGAACACUGAUAAUUGCACUAUUUCAUCAACCCAUCGGCAAACGUAGCAUCCCUUCCCCGCUGUCCCUGCCAAAGACACACCAUCCUUCUACUUUUGACAUGUCAGGAAAGUCUUGGCAUGGAGAGAAACUGGGAUAGCACUGAAUUCUAGGGUUUUCUUGGCUCAUUAGCUGCUGCUGACUGGUGGCUCAAACCUUGCAAUUUUAGCUUUUUUCUAAUUCAAAUGCAUUUUUAAUUAAAAAUGUGGGGAAAAUCCUGUUUUGGAAGAGCUGUGUACUUGACAGAUUCUGUGUUUCUUAACUGCAUGGUAUUUCUUUCAGGGGGUUUUAUAGCACUUUUUAAAUUUUUUGGACAAUUUUUGCUCCCAAUUUCUAUGCUACCUUCUUUCUUGCUUCUUUGCCUUUCCUGCGCCCCCACCUUUUUUGUUUCAGUUUCUUCUUUUCUCUUUCUCAAGAAUAGUACUUUGUAAACCUGCAAUCUGUUUUAUACCUGAUGUAGACAACAAUUGAAAUCAAAAAUUCCAGAUGUUGUACAUAUCUGCGGAAACAAUCACAGGGAACAACUUCCAACACGGAUCAUUUGUACUUGUGGUAAAAGAAAAAGAAGUCAGGAAAAAGGCUUUCAAAAUGAAAAAAAAUUAAAAAAUAAAAAUUAAAAAACCCCAAGCAAAAUACAGUGCUCUUCACCACCUCAUCUGUCUCUACCGAGCUGCUCAUCCCAUGCAGCAUGUUUCUUCUGGGUGUGUUGGUCUGUCUUUACACCAUUUGAAGUUUAAAUAAAGUUAUCUCCUGUGUUGCCUGCA